AUGGCCUACGCCUCACAUGCUCAUUUCGUCCAGCCUAUUCUCUUUCUCGCGGGCUACCUGAGCAUGACCCUACUAUUUGAUCUUGUUACUAUUCACACGUAUUUUCACAGGACCGGCUUGGGAACCGUUGCUCGCUUGACCUGCUCCUUACCCGCACUCAAGCUUACGCUGCUUAUUUUGGAAGAAAUUUCAAAGCGAACGCUCAUUAUCGCUGAAAAUCCGCACCCACUCAGCCGAGAAGCCACAGCCGGGUUCUGGAGUCGAUCUACGUUUCUCUGGAUUAACCCACUGCUUCUUUUCGGCUUUCGCCAUGUCAUUAAUCCUGACGACCUCCCCGACAUUGGACAGCAAUUUGACUCCAAGAAACUCUAUCAAAAUUUAAAAAAGAGCUGGGAUAAACGAGACCAAAGGUCGAGAUAUGCACUGCUCCGCGCGCUGGUCAUUUCCAUGCCAUGGCCGUUUCUCUACGUUAUCCCGCCACGCCUAUUCUUGGUCGGCUUCGUCUUCAGCCAGCCCUUCCUCCUACAAGAUGUUGUCAACGCCGCUUCAGGCGAGUCAAUUCAGCCAGACUACAUUUCAAAACAAAACGAAGCCAUCGGACUCAUCUUGGCGACCGCCCUCGUCUUCUGCGGCAAAGCAGUGUCAAGGAACUGGUUCAGCCAUAUCAGAAACCAGAUCAUGACUUGCGUCCGAGGUGCUCUUAUAGCUGCCAUCUACCAAAAGUCACUUCGGAUCAGUGCUGCUGAAUCAGACGAGUCUGCUGCCGUCACCCUGAUUACCGCUGAUGUCGCGGGAAUCGAGCGCCUCAUCUCGUUGUCCUAUGACAGCUGCGCAAUGACCCUCGAAGUUGGGUUUGGAAUUGCAAUCCUUGCAGUGUUUGUUGGCACGGCCAGCAUCUUUACUGUUGUCACUGCUAUUGUGGUUACUGUCUUUUCCAGACACAUGUCUAAGCGGAUGGGAGUUGCUCGCAAGCGAUGGAAUGAGCACAUUGAAGAACGCGUUGCCGCGACUUCAAAUAUUUUGGCGCAAAUCAAGGACAUUAAAAUGACCGGCCUAGCUCCUUCAAUGGCGACCCAUUUGAACCAUUUGCGUGCUCAAGAAGUCACGGCUUCUUUGGCUGACCGGCGAAUUGUUUGCAUCACCUUUGGAAUUUCUGCUUUCGCAGAAACGGUAACGCCAGCACUUGUUGUCGCAGCGACUUUGUUCUGGACCAGAGCGUCCGGAACCAUAUCGACAGCGCGGUUCUACACUAUUCUCGCAGUUGUUACCUUGGUCGCUCAGCCUCUUGCCUCCUUCUUCGCAAGUCUUCCUCAAUGGUCUGCAGGUUUCGCUUGUCUGUCACGUAUUCAAGUGUAUCUUGCUCAAGAGGAGCUCAAAGACGCUCGUCAAAUCAUCAGAUCGUCUGCGGUAGCUGGCUCCAACUUAGCUGGGGAUGGCAUCGGUCUUGACGACAGGAACCCCGAUGCACAUGCCCAGAAUUAUGCAAUCGAGCUGAGAAACGUCAAUGUCUCCAUGGAUCUCACGGGAUCAAUCUUACGCGACGCAACAAUCUUGGUCAAGACUAGCCAAGUUACCAUGAUAGACGGAUCCGUUGGCAGUGGCAAGUCGACGCUGCUGAAGGUGAUGCUGGGUGAAAUGCUACUUCGCAAUGGAUCGGCUCUCCUUUCUUCAUCAUCAAUCGCUUAUGCUGGAGAAAAGCCUUGGCUGCUCAACACAACCAUUUUCUUGAACAUCAUUGGACACAAGCCGUUUGACAGGACUCUGUAUCAAAGAGUCAUAUUUAUUUGCGAUCUUAAACCCGAUUUGGAGCAACUGCCAGAUGGCGACGAAACCAUAGUGGGCAGUGGAGGUUGCAUUCUAAGCGGCGGACAAAGGCAGAGAAUUUCCCUCGCGCGUGCGCUGUAUCUGGAAGCGGAUAUUACAAUUCUUGACGAUCCUUUCAGCUCUUUGGAUCAAGAAACGUCAGCGGUGAUUCGAAUUCGACUGAUUUCAGAUGGAAAUGCCACAUUGGAUGGAAGAACGCUAGUGAUGACAACAAGCAUGAAACAACACCUCAUCGAUGCUGACGCCGCGUACCGUGUGACCCCCGAUGGUCACGUCGUCUAUUUGCCACAAUCACAGGUGGAUAGAGAGCUCGAAGAGCUUGCUCAAAGCUCCCGGUCUCAGCCGACGUCUGCCACGCACAAGACUGAAAGCGCUUGUGAUCUUUUUGAACCGCCUGCCGUCCAAGCAGCCACUGAUGACAAUGGCUAUGCGCCGGGAAUAAACACGUUUACGAAGCAGAGUACUUGGUGCCUGUACGCAUAUUUCUUUCGGCCCGCGGGCAUUUUUGUCUUGGCAGCAUGGCUGCUAUUUACCACUCUCGCCUCCGUCUCCGAGAAACUCCCCAACAUUUUUGUACGCAUAUGGCUCGAAGCCGACGCCGGAAAUAAAACUUACUAUGUCGGGUAUGCCACACUUUGCGUUGCUUACCCAAUACUUAAUUCAGUCUCUGCAAUGUUCUUCUUUUACUUUGUCAGCGCAAAAACUGCCCACAGUCUUCACGAGAGAUUGGUUAAAGCCACAUUCACAGCUACCUUUGGGUUCUUAACGACCGAAGAUGCGAGCUCGAUUUUGAACCGAUUCAGCCAGGACAUGUCUAUGGCGACCCAGAGAGUCCCUGCACUAGUAAUGCCAACACUGUUCCGUGCCGUUUCAAUAUUCGUCGACACCGGCAUCAUCAGCGCUGGUGCUAGCUACGCAGCGCCCGUCAUCCCAUUUUUCUUGAUGCUUAUUAUAGCCAUACAACGAUAUUACUUGUGCACCUCUAGACAGCUCCGCGUGUUAGAGCUUGAUAGUUCAAAAGCGCUCAUCCGACACUUUACAGAAACCGCAGCCGGUAUCGAACACAUUCGCGCUUUCCGGUGGCAGGAGGAAGUCACACGAGACUUUCACUGGCUAGAGGGUGUUUUGGAUUUAUCGAGCGCUGUGGCCGCCGUCAUUGUGGUGACGUUCGCGCUCAAAUUCUCCGGGUCCGCCUCUGGUAACUCCAUGGGUUUGGCAUUGCUCAGUCUCAUCGGAUUUAGCGAUACCGUGUCUGACUGGGUGCAAUCCUCUGUCGCUUUGGAGACGGCUCUGGGAGCAGUGUCACGUAUUCGAUCAUAUUGCGCCGAAACCCCAACUGAGCACUACAAAGAUGAUACGGAGCCAGUAUCCUCCGACUGGCCAGUCCAAGGCCAGCUUGAGCUUAAUUGUGUCUCUGCGAUUUACCGUGGCAAGACGACCGUUCUACUGAGCAUCCUCAACCUUUUACAGUACAAGGGCACAAUCAGCAUCGACAAUCGGGAAAUCCGCACAAUUCACCCCGAUUUCUUGCGCUCGCGAAUAACCACAAUCACGCAGGGUGGAAUCCAUCUACGCGGUUCUAUCAAGUUUAAUCUUGACCCUUUCGGGUUUGAGCAGCGUCCGCCCACUUGCAUCGUGACGGACGAAGCGUGCCAGGAUGUGCUGCGUCGUGUAGGACUCUGGGACAUUGUCAGCCGCCGCGGAAACUUGAGCUCUCUCAUGAAGGAAAUGAACUUUUCGCAAGGCCAACGACAGCUCUUCCAGAUCGCUCGUGCCAUCUUGCACCAUGAAGCGACGGGGUCGAGGAUUGUCUUGAUGGACGAGGUGACAUCGAGCUUGGACGAGGAUACGGAGGCACAGAUGAUAAUUCGAAUGCUGUCAUGGUUCUGA